GCGAGCCAGCCGGGGCGAGCCAGCGGUGCGCACAGCUCUGUCCGCCACCCCCGGAGCGGACCCCCCGCCCGUUCUCGACUCUCCCCGGGGUUCUAGCAAAGCCCCCCGGUGCCCAUCAAUUUCCUUGGGUGACUACAGCGUGUGUUUUGUUUUUCUUUCUUCCUUCCCCUCCCUGUGUGCCCUUCUCCAGGAUGGCAGAAGCGGAAUUGCACAAGGAAAGGCUGCAAGCCAUAGCAGAAAAAAGAAAGAGACAGACUGAAAUAGAAGGCAAGCGACAGGAGCUUGACGAGCAGAUACUUCUGCUGCAGCAUUCCAAGUCCAAAGUGCUUCGGGAAAAAUGGCUGCUGCAGGGUAUACCCGCUGGAACUGCCGAGGAGGAGGAAGCCAGGAGGCGGCAGUCUGAGGAGGAUGAGUUCCGAGUCAAACAACUUGAAGAUAACAUUCAGAGGCUGGAGCAGGAAAUACAAGCGCUAGAAAGUGAAGAGUCCCAGAUAUCUGCCAAAGAGCAAAUCAUCCUAGAGAGACUAAAGGAGACAGAAAAAUCCUUCAAGGACUUUCAGAAGAGCUUCUCCAGUACGGAUGGAGACGCAGUAAAUUACAUUUCCUCCCAGCUCCCCGACCUGCCAAUCCUCUGUUCACGAACAGCAGAACCAUCACCUGGGCAGGACGGGACCAGCAGAGCAGCUGGAGUCGGGUGGGAGAGUGUGCUGCUAAAGGGAGACGACACAGCCUCGGAUGCCACAGAAACGUCCAGCGCAGACAUGACUAUCAAGAAGCCCCCCCAGCUUUCUGAGGAUGAUAUCCGGCUAAAAAGGGAGAGAGACAGCUGCAGUGCCAACCCCCUGGAGCCUGCUACCAGCUCUCUUCCCCCAGAUCACAAAAACAUGGAAAUUGAGGUUUCCGUUGCAGAAUGUAAAAGUGUUCCUGGAAUCACUUCUAGUCUACGUUCCACUGACCACCCCUCCCCUUUCUACUCUCCCCCCCACAAUGGCCUCCUCACAGAUCGCCAUGAAUCUCUGGAUAAUGAUGUGGCCAGAGAGAUCCGAUAUCUAGACGAGGUGUUGGAGGCCAACUGCUGCGAUUCUGCUGUGGACGGAACUUACAACGGCACAUCCUCCCCAGAGCCUGGAGCAGCCAUCCUGGUGGGCAGCCUAAGCCCACCCACCCAUACAGCCAUCCAGCCGGAACCCACUGAGAGAGCAGCUGGCAGGCAGGCACCUCCUCACAUUGAGCUCAGUAAAAGCAACUCUGCCACCAUGGCAGAGGGCAGAAGAGCGAACGGCCACUCCCCUGACCAGCCCAGAGAUCUGCUGGGGGAGAGCCUGCAGUCCCCCGUGAGCCCCACCUCCUCCACCAGCUCCCGCUGUUCAUCCCGAGAUGGGGAGUUCAUGCUCACCACGCUGAAGAAGGAAGCCAGGUUUGAGCUCCGUGCCUUCCACGAGGACAAGAAGCCCUCCAAGCUCUUUGAGGACGACGAGAGUGAGAAGGAACAAUACUGUGUCAGGAAAGUGAGGCCCUCAGAAGAGAUGCUGGAGCUGGAAAAGGAAAGGAGAGAACUCAUCCGGAGUCAGGCCGUGAAAAAGAACCCUGGCAUUGCGGCAAAAUGGUGGAAUCCGCCCCAGGAAAAGACCAUCGAGGAGCAGCUGGAUGAGGAACAUCUGGAGUCGCACAAAAAGUACAAGGAGCGCAAGGAGAGAAGGGCGCAGCAGGAGCAGUUGCUGAUGCAGCAGCAGCAGCAGCAGCAGCAGCCCCCAGCGCAGCUCUGCCCAGACCCUGCACCCUCUCGUGAACAUUCGAGCAUGACUGAGAACACAAAGAAGGACAUCGUCACGGAGCAGAUAGAUUUCUCUGCUGCGCGCAAACAGUUCCAGCUGAUGGAGAAUUCCAGGCAAACAGUAGCCAAGGGCCAGAGUACACCCAGGCUCUUCUCCAUCAAGCCCUUCUACAGGCCUCUGGGGUCAAUCAACUCAGACAGGCCACUGACUCUCUCGAGACCAGCUUCUAUUGGGGGACCUCCAGAAGACAGUGGCACAUCGGCAGCCAGAGGGCAGAAAGCCAGCUGUGCCCAGGAGAGCCAGUCUUCAGGAGGAGGCCAGGGCAGUACAGUUCCUCAGGGGAAGGAAGGGCCCUAUAGUGAGCCCUCCAAACGCGGGCCCUUAUCCAAACUGUGGGCAGAGGAUGGAGAGUUUACAAGUGCCCGGGCUGUCCUCACCGUGGUCAAGGAUGACGACCCUGGGAUUUUGGAUCAGUUUUCAAAGUCAGUCAAUGUCUCUCUGACCCAAGAGGAGCUUGACUCUGGUUUGGAUGAGUUGUCAGUGAGGUCCCAGGAUACCACUGUCCUGGAGACCCUGUCCAAUGAUUUCAGCAUGGACAACAUCAGUGACAGUGGGGCCUCCAAUGAGACAACCAAUGCCCUCCAGGAAAAUUCACUGGCCGACUUUUCUCUGCCCCAGACUCCCCAAACUGACAACCCCUCAGAGGGCCGAGGAGAAGGUGUCUCCAAGUCCUUUAGUGAUCAUGGUUUCUAUUCCCCUUCUUCCACGCUGGGAGACUCUCCAUCAGUUGAUGACCCCUUGGAAUAUCAGGCUGGUCUCCUGGUGCAGAAUGCCAUUCAGCAAGCCAUAGCCGAGCAAGUGGAUAGAGCUGUGUCUAAAACCAACAAGGGUGGAGCAGAACAGCGGGGACCUGAAGCAACUCUAGAGGAAGCUGAAACUGCACCUUCCAGCUCGGAGAAGCCUCAGAGCAUGUUUGAGCCACCCCAGGUGUCCUCUCCCGUUCAAGAGAAAAGGGAUGUAUUACCAAAGAUUCUGCCUGCUGAAGACAGAGCGCUCAGGGAAAGGGGGGCCUCCCAGCCACUACCGGCAGUGCAGCCCAGUGGCCCAAUAAACAUGGAGGAGACCAGACCAGAAGGGAGCUAUUUCAGCAAGUACUCGGAGGCUGCUGAGCUGAGAAGCACAGCCUCGCUCCUGGCCACUCAAGAGUCCGAUGUGAUGGUUGGGCCCUUCAAGCUGAGGUCAAGGAAGCAGCGAACUUUGUCCAUGAUUGAAGAAGAGAUCCGAGCAGCCCAGGAAAGGGAAGAGGAGCUGAAGAGGCAGAGACAAGUCUUGCAGAGUACCCAGAGCCCCAGGGCCAAGAACGCCCCAUCGCUGCCCUCCCGAACUUCAUGCUACAAAACCUCUCCAGGUCCUUGAGGCCACAAGGGUUAAUCGAAGAAAGAGCGUGCUGGCCUUGCGCUGGGAGGCGGGGAUCUAUGCCAACCAGGAGAAAGAGGACAAUGAAUAAUAAACUUCCUUCCACCCAGGAAGCUUCACUGGUGCUUGGGUUACCAAGAAACCAAGCAGUCAACACAUCAAAGCAUUUUAAUGGAAUAUUUAUUAAAGUGCAAACAAACUCAGCAAUCCUUAUGUAGACCAGAAGCUGCAAUAUACAAUGAUGAAACAUAAAGUGAGAAAGAAUUCCACCCAUCAAACUCUAACACCCAGGAGUCAACAGAGAAAAGAUUUGUUGUGACUCAAAAAUCACCUGGAUUUGGACCAAUCCACGAAUUGAUCCAAAAGGACAAAGUUACAAGCAAAUCAACAUGGUUGCUGCAGGCAGAACUGAGACCAGCCUCUCCGGAUGGUGAGGAAAAACCGUGGUGAUGGGGCCAUUUAGAGCGCAGUGCAGCCCAAGCUGGUGCAAUCUACAUGGCAUAGGAUAUUUCUCUGCACCCGUUUCCCACCCAUCGCUCACAGCAUCAGAGGUGUGGGGUUAACUCCAUUUUCUCCAGCAGCCAUAAAAUGAAUAAUGUUUCUCUCUAUAUUUGCCCAGAAGAGGCAAUUAUGAUUCCAUUUCUCUUACAUGUAAUUGUUUUUAAUUGGGAACAACUAAUGAUGGCAAUACAUAAAAUCCGUGUUUUUAAGACAAUAUCUCUUCACGUUGCAAACACAAUCUAUUCUACAUUAGGAGGUUGAGAAAGGGAGAGAAAGCCAAACCAAAUGGAUUAUUUUAGCUUUAGGAUCUCUCAUCUGCUUAUAAUAUUGACUGAUCUGCGGUUUAUGAGAACACAUUUUCACAAUUAUGUUUCUUCCUAUGAAAACUAUAUUUAGUGGGCAACAACUAUUUUUAUGAGGGGCUGGGGGAAUAUAUACAUAUAUAAAACCUGUACACUUUGAACAGCUGGAUUCAAGAUGGUAGGGGUAUUUUUCGAAUGGCAAUAAUUGAAAAAGGGCAAACUGCCUUAGAGAGGUAGAUGACAAGAAAUAAAAAGGUGUUUAUAACUAUAUUUUAUAUUAUAAAGUGGACUUAGUGGUGGUAGGAAGAUUGAUAGCUUAUUUUGGAUCAAUAAGAAAUGAAAAAUUAAAGAAAGAUCGUGAAGGUAGGGAGAAAAGAAGGGAGGAAGAAAGAGUGGGAAAAUUAGGAAGUAAGAGAUUAUUUUUGCUGAACAACCAGUUUUCCAGGAUGAUAUGGAGAAAAAGAUAGAAAUUUAAGUGCAGGCUCGGAAUCAGCUACAAAUCCUAAAAAUGGUGUGUGUGUGUGUGUGUGUGUGCGCGCAUGCCUUUGUGUGUUUGUGUAGAGUGUGUAUGCUCAUGAGGAAGGAUGUGUGUGUGAGGCUUAAAAUUCCAGAAUGAUCAUGGGACAAAGGUGUACAGUUAUUUCCUCCAAAGCUGUUUGUCAGCGUCAGGAGCGAGUGAGAAUUUCUUUUUUAUGAAAAGGGAUAUAGAGGCACCGAACUGAUGCAGUAUUUGUAAUAUUAAAUUGACCUAACAUGGUAUUUGCAUGAGUCACAAUUGCAGAGUUUUGAGCAGUUUUGUAAUUUGACACUUAGGAAAGUAUCAUAUUUAUUCUCAUGUUUUGUAUUCAUGCUUAGUAUACUAUAGAGGAUGCCAGCUUUACUCUCUGUCAUUUAAAGCAAUACAAUAAGGGUAUUCCAUAAUUGGACGCCCUAAAUUUCUGGAUGAGAAAAUUUUUAAUUCUGGCCAUGAGAAAAAAAGUGACCAGCCUUCUUUUU